CUGCCGUCGACGGUGCGCAUCGACAUACCGGCGAGCAACCCGGGGCGGGCGGCGCUCAAGGUGUGGGAGGAGCUGGUGAACGUGCUGCGCAAGGACGGCGCCGACCCCGCCGCCGCCUUCGUCCACCGCAAGAAGGUGCAGCACGCCGAGAAGAACAUCCGCGACGCCUUCAUGGCGCUCUACCGCGGCCUCGAGCUGCUCAAGAAGUUCAGUUCUCUGAAUGUAAAGGCCUUCACCAAGAUUCUCAAGAAAUUCGUCAAGGUGUCGGAGCAACAGCGAGCGACGGAUUUGUUCUCGCAGAAGGUGAAGAUAUCGUCGUUCAGCACGUCCGACAAGGUGCUUCAGCUGUCUGACGAGGUGGAGUCGCUCUUCCUGAACCACUUUGCGGGGAACGACAGGAUGGUGGCGAUGAAGUACCUCAACCCGCAGCAGCCCAAGAACACACACAUGAUCACCUUCCUCGUAGGCUUGUUCACGGGCACAUUUGUGAGUCUGUUCAUCAUAUACGCCAUCUUGGCCCAUGUUUCCGGCAUUUUUGCCUCUGCGGGAAAUACGGCCUACAUGGAGGUAGUCUACCAUGUUUUCAGCAUGUUCGCACUCAUCAGCCUGCACUGCUUCCUCUACGGGUGCAACCUCUUCAUGUGGAAGAGCACCAGGAUCAACCAGAACUUCAUCUUCGACUUCGCGCCCAACACGGCCCUCACGCACCGGGACGCCUUUCUCAUGUCCGCCUCCAUCAUGUGCACCGUGGUCGCCGCGCUGGUCAUCAACCUGUUCCUCAGGAACGCCGGUGCUUCCUACGCCAACGCCGUGCCAGGGGGGCUCGUAGUGUUGUCGGUCGGACUUUUAUUCUGUCCGUUCAACGUGUUCUACCGCUCGACGCGCUACUGCUUCAUGCGCAUAAUGCGCAGCAUCAUAUUCUCGCCGUUCUACAAGGUUCUGAUGGCCGAUUUCUUCAUGGCUGAUCAGUUAACUAGCCAGAUCCCAUUGUUAAGACACGUGGAGUUUGCGGCGUGCUACUUCAUGGCAGGAAGCUUUAGGGCUAACCCAUAUGAGAUGUGUACUAACAGCCAGCAGUACAAACACCUGGCCUAUGUGAUCUCUUUUCUCCCCUACUACUGGAGAGCUAUGCAGUGUUUAAGAAGGUACAUAGAGGAACAUGACAUAAAUCAGCUCGCCAACGCCGGGAAGUACGUGUCCGCGAUGGUGGCGGCUGCCGUCAGGUUCAAGUACAAUGUCACACCGACGCCAUUCUGGAUGUGGAUGGUCCUCAUCUCGUCCUCAGGCGCCACCGUCUACCAGCUCUACUGGGACUUUGUCAAGGAUUGGGGCUUUUUCACUCCCAAAUCUAAGAACCUAUGGCUCCGGGAUGAUCUCAUCCUGAAGAACAAGUUCACUUACUACAUUUCUAUGAUGCUAAAUCUAGUGCUUCGGCUAGCAUGGACUGAAAGUGUGAUGAAGAUCCGUGUUAGCAAGAACGAGACUCGCCUACUGGAUUUCUCCCUUGCCUCCUUGGAAAUAAUCCGACGUGGGCACUGGAACUUCUACAGGCUGGAGAACGAACACUUGAACAAUGUUGGCAAGUUCAGAGCAGUGAAGACUGUCCCAUUACCAUUUCGUGAACUCGAAACGGAUUGAUGAUUAAGACGGAGAGAAGAGCGUAACAACGUGCUCCCGAUACCAACACGGACCGGCGAUCGCCCGCAUCCUCCAAGACGCUCCGUGCAACUGCUGCCGGCACGGCUGCCAUUGCCCAGACCAGCUCCAGCGAGUGCUCCCUGGGCGAGUAGCUCGCUCGUGACACCCCACUCCCCAGGCAAACGCGGUGCAGCAGGGGACGCCGAGCUUGGGGGCACCGUCCGUGGCGUCCCAGCAGCAGGAGGUGCUAGACACUGAAGUCAGGAUAACUUUGCGCACUGAUAACAGUAGAUUGCUAGGCACCAAUUAGUGCAAACCACUAAUAUGGGGAUCAAUUGGUAUACCACCCAAUGUGAUGGCAAUGGAUUGAAGUACGGUUAUAAUCAAAACAAAGAAAUACAGCGAACU